AUGGCAAACUUGUGGUUCCUCGUCCUGGUGGCUGUCUUCUGUGCGCUGGCUGUUGAUGCGGGCUUUAUCAAGAAAUCCGAUAUUGAGCAGCCACGACCAAAGCUCUGUAUUCGGCGCCUUGAACGUAACCUUCGCGUCCAGCGCUUCGUCGCCCAGCCCGGCGAGUGUGACGCGCUGAUCGAGGAGUAUGGACUCGAAAAUGUCGGCUACGACAAGGAGAUCGAUCCGGCUGACGCACUACAGCAGUGCUGCCUGGAAAAGUGCCCCUACAAUGCGCUGCGUGCCAUCGGCUGUCUCCUC